AUGACUAGACAGUUUGAAUAUACCAUAGAAGAAUUCUGGAAAAUCGUCGUAGCAGAUAACCAAAUAACAUUCCUCUUACGACAUUUAAAAGCUGUAGAAACUUUUUAUAGAUACGUCUUCAUAUUUGGUCCUUUCGUAUUUAUGGCAAAGCCACUGGUUACGCAGGACUCGUCCAUUUUUAAUUGCUACGUACCUCCCGUGAUACCGUUUCCAUUAUUCUACAUUCUCGAAUGUUACUUAGUCUUUCUAGGGUCAUCUGCCUUUAUUGCUCUGAAUUUAUUUGCAUGUUCCCUCAUAGUUUUAGUUGCGGUACAAUUCAGGCUUCUGAAUUUGAAGAUUAAAUAUCUUAAUUUGGAAGAUAUUGAAAAUUCCCAGGAUUUUAAUCGCUUCGUUAGAGAAUUGAAGUGCAUUGUUAAUUAUCAACAGUUUCUUAUGAGAUACGUUAAGGAUUUGAAUAAAUUAUUCUGUGUGCCGGUUGCAUUUCUAAUGAUCAUCAGUGUCAUCAUUUUGUGUUCAAAUAUGUAUAUCCUCUCAACAAAUCAAGGAACUGUAGUUGACAGAAGUAGAAUUAUGGUGACCAGUUCCUGUGUAAUCGUCGAAUAUUUUUUGGUAUAUGGUCUCCCUGCUCAGUUACUGAUGGACGAGUCAGCAGCAACAGCAGAUAUGAUAUACCAUGAAUGUAAAUGGUACUUACCGAAAUUACGACCUUUGAGGAAAGAUUUUUUGAUAAUGAUUUUUCACAGUCAGAAAAGUAUUUGCUUAAGAGCUGGAAACUACCAUGUCAUUAACAAUCAAACCAUUUUACUAAUGCUGAAAACUGCAUAUAGCUUUUAUGCCUUUCUAAGAAAAGUAACAUAG